AUGAAUCUGUUAGGAAUAAUUUUAGUGGUACUCUGUUUUAGUUACAUAAAUCAGAUCGACUCAGCUCCCACACCGUGCGAGGAACUGAAGGAUAAAACUUGCGAUGAACCCGAGUAUGAGGCUUACCGUGCCUGCAUAGAGGCAAGUAGAGGGAUGGUUCGAGAGAAACGGCAAAUCGCCAUGCCCUGCCAACAACCACAUGUAGUGGAACCGGUAGUACAGACUGUUAAACCCUUUGAGGUGCUUGUUCCGGUAAAGCCGUUGAAAAUCGUGCAAAAACCUGAGCUCAAAUCACUUAAUCGCACGAUCAUCGUUCAGCCGGGCACGAACCUGACCGAUGACUACCCCGAUGAGGAAGAGAGUAACUUCCACUACCGUUUGCCAUUGAACGUCACGACGGUGAUCCGAUUGACCAAUAUCGUUAAUAAUACGAAUAACAUUCACAUGCCAACAACAAUCAACAACACGAACGUGAACAACAUCCACGUUUAUGCUAAUCUUACGGAGCAGGGUGACGAUCCAUUCGAGCAGGAUGAGCCCUGUUGCACGGUUGUACGUCCCAAGAGUUGCCAAACGUCGACCCAGGGAGUGCACUGUAAGCACCGAAAGUUCCAAACCUGCGGUCCCCAGUGCACGGCCAAGGUGGUGCACAUUCAGAAACGGAAGCGAUGCAAACGAGCUACCGGUGAGUGCGAGGAGAAGAUCGCCUACGUUCCCCAGCCAGAGAAACCGACCUGCGUGUACGUCGAAGAGUGGCCUUUCGUAGUGUGCGGUAAGAAAGCAAACAUGACCAUAAUCUGUGCCGGUUGCUACGAUCACUAUGGUCGCGGCUAUCAGACAGCCUAUGGUCACUCCAGGAUGCAACCGCAGUGCGUCGGGUGCUAUGACGAUGCGUUCAACGUGGGUCCAUUGUAUCGCCGAGGACCCGUUCUACAGCCCUUCUACUACCAUCAAGUACCGUGCUACUUGUCCGGUAGCUGCCCUGAUAGCUACGAAAAUUGCGGCUACGGAUGCUACGGCCACGAACGUAUCGAUCCAGCCUGGGGACCCCAGCCGGGCAUGAAUGAGUGUGACCCGUCGAUGGGUUCAUCCAAUUCGAUCUAUUACAAUCCGGAUUGUUUCGAGGAGACCAACGAUUGGGGGGUCUCCACGGCAAAGUGUGCCGUGGUAACCGAUGGCAAAAUAAUCACGGUGAAGAACUGUACGGAUGAGGUCGAUAAUCCAUUCUUGGCGGCUCCAAAGCUUCCCAGCACCGGCAAGGGCACAAAAACUGGUGCACAGCCGCCAACCCUUAUCAAGCCCACGGAAGCACCGAACUCGGAGGAUGGCAAAACUACUGUCCCCCCAACGACAAUCCAAACGCUGGAAAAAGAAGACGUUGAAGAAUCCAAUGAUGACAUAACAAAUCCCGAUGAACCGAGUGAGAACGACGAUGAGGACAUUAAGGUUCCUGGUUCGGGAAACGGUCCAAUGAAAAAUGAGGUCUCCUUCGUGGAGGAGUACAUAGAUGAUGAAGAUUUUAUACUGUAG